CGCGGCUCCGGGCUGGGCUCAGAGUCCCCGGCGGAUCCGGGCAGGCAGGAGCCGGAGCCGGGCUCCGGACAUGGCCCGCUGCGCCCGCGGGCGGCGGUGACCGGACCCAGCCCCAGGAUGCCGUGGGGGUGUCUCCAGCUGCGGGAGGAGAAGAACUACAGCUCUGUGGGCGACAUCAUGGACAAGUACGAGAUCGGGGAGCUGCUGAGCGCGAAGGAGUUCUGUGAGCUGUGCCUGGCCCGCGAGCGCCGGACCGACCGGCUUGUUGUCUGCAAGCGGUUCCGGAAGAAGGAUGGCAGGAAGGUUCGCCAGGCCGCCCGAAACGAGAUCCUCAUCCUGAAGAUGGUGAGUCACCCCAACAUCCUCCAGCUGAUCGACACCUUUGAGACACGCAGGGAAUUUUACAUCAUCCAGGAGCUGGCGACAGGCGGGGACGUGUUCGACUGGAUUUUAGACCUGGGCUGCUACACGGAGCGAGACGCCAGCAGCCUGAUCCGGCAGGUGCUCGAGGCCCUGGCCUAUCUGCACAGCCUGCACAUCGUGCACCGCAACCUCAAGCUGGAGAACCUGGUCUAUCACACCCAGCAAAGCCGCGCCAAGGUCGUGCUCCGGGAUUUCUACCUGUCGCGCUUCGAGAACGGAGCCAUCACUGAGCCCUGUGGGACACCCGAGUACCUGGUAUCUGGAUAUGCCCAUGAUGGUACGCUUGGUUACAACUCCCCCAAUCCUUCUGGCUACCUGGGGUAUCCCAAGUACGAAGUAUCCGGGUACGGCCCCCCAUCUCGCGUACGCUGGGUUAUGCCAAGCGAGUACCUGCAGUUACAGCCCCCAUCCUCGGAGUACAUGGGUGGUGCGCGAGACCAGAGGGUCAGCGGCGGCAGGAGGCCCUGCGGUCAUGUGUGGAUUGCGGGCAACGUGGCUUCGGAAAAGAACCUCAAGGAGGGGGUCUGUGCCCAGAUCGAGAAGAAUUUUGCCAAAGCCAAAUGGCGGAAGGCCAUUCGAGUCACCACCUUCAUGCAGCGACUUCGCGCCCUGGAGCCUGGUGCCCACCCCCCUGCACCGCUCCCUGAGGUGACGGUGGAGGAGCCCUGCCCCACAGAACCCACCAUCACAGAGCGACCGAGGGAACCGGCGGGGCCAAUGGAAGAAAAGACACAAUAACCCCUUUGUACAGCUCCGUGCACCCUGAUCAGACCCUGUGCCCCCUAGAGGAGAAAGGCCCCGGGGCCCAUUCCCAACCUGGCUCUGUCCCUACCCCUGUCCCCAGCUCAGGACCAGCCCAUGGGACUGGGAUGUGCAUGUCCAUCCACCCAGCCCAGCUGCAUGUUUUAUGAAGAUGCUAUUUUAAUACAGAAAUACCAGGCUGCCCCCCACCUCCCUUGUCCCCCCCACACCUACAGGGAGCCUGGAAAUAACAAAAUAAACAGACAUUCUGUCUCUGGCAGCUUUUACGGUCACUUCUUCCUCUGUUGGCCCUC